AGGGUUUCUUACAUGCAAGCUCCAGUAAAGGCCCCGUCACAAUAUCAUACGAGCGAUUACAAUUGACCAUAAACCCUACUACGCGUUCACAAUGUCACACAGAGCGACGUCAAUGCCAACGGAAUCCGUUGCAGAAAAUAUGACUUUGGACAGGAUCAGUGCGUUGCCUGAUGAAUUGCUGUCGCAAAUUCUUGCCUUAAUCCCGACAAAAGAUGUCGUCGGCACCAUGGUGUUGUCUAAACGAUGGCAUUCACUUUGGACGAUGGUGCCGAAACUUAAGUUUGAUUCUUUGAAAGAAGGGACUCUACUAGGAAGUUUCACGGAGCUAGUUAACAGGUCUUUGCUAUCGAAUAAGUUUCCAGUCCUAGAAAGCCUGUGUCUUCGCAUAGAUUCGGGUUCUGUUCGUUCAGAAGAUAUGAGAAUAUGGGUCAGGAUUGCUGUUGAGCGCCGUGUUCGUGAGCUCGACAUUUGUGCUUACGAUUAUGAGUAUGAUUAUGAGGAUGGAGAGGAUGGGAUUCUCUUGCCGAGUAGCCUCUACACUUGUGAAACUCUCGAGAGGUUGAUACUCAGAGAUUACAUUCUUGUGGAUGUUCCUUCUCGAUGUUGUUUCCGAUCCCUCAAGACUUUGCAUCUCAUGGGAGUGCGCUUUAAAGACUUUGAGUGUUUUCAUGGACUUUUAUCAAGUUGUCCUGUUCUUGAAGAUUUAACUGUGGAAUGGUAUUCUGACGUGUACGAAAUAUACGCCAUUGAAAUGCCGAGCUUACAAAGAUUAUCUGCACGUAACAUGUGUGGCGGAUAUGGCGGGUUGGUGAUAGAUACUCCUUCUUUGAAGUAUUUGCACAUUGUAGAUUAUACCGGUAAUGACUUUGUGCUGGUCGAGAACAUGCCCGAGGUGGUGGAGGCAAAAGUUACCGUUAUACCUCCUCUGAAGCUUCUAGGAUCUCUUAUAUCAGUUAAACGUCUUUCCUUAGCUGUACAGGAUGUGCUGCUACCAAGUGAUGAUGACAUGGUCUUCAACCAGCUUGUUCAUCUCGAGUUACGGAUAUGUGGCGACGACUGGGGUGAUCUAUUUGCGUAUAUGCUCGAAGCUUCUCCUAACCUACGAGUUCUAAAACUCAAGAAUGAAAGGUUCUUCUACAUGGUCCCCCGUAUCUCGUGGAAACGACCAGUUGAUGUCCCUCCGUGUCUUUUCUCGAGCCUUGAAACUUUCCAGUGGAAGCGUUACAUUGGAUCGGAGCCGGAGAAAGAAGUGGCGGAGUACAUUCUAACAAACGCAACAUGUCUGAAGAUGGUAUCUAUUUGUCUGAAGGGAAACCUCGCUUUGGAGGAGAAACAUCGGAUCCAACAGGAUUUGGCGUCCAUGCCCUGGGGUUCAUCUUCAUGUGAGCUUAUUAUUCUUGACGACUGA